CGGAAAUCCAAUAAUAGAUAGGGAUUGGAAAACGGAUAGCAGACCAUCUCCAGUCUCUAUAACAACAUCAUUAUGGAUCCAUAGCCCUCCCAUUCCUCUACACUCUAAACCGAUCCAUUGAUAUCGUCAUCAAUGGCUCUACCGCUCGAAUACUUCUCCUCCAUCCCCUUAAUCACACUCAUAAUUACCACACUAAUCAUCCUGCUGGGAUCGAUAUCAAUGCUACUAAUCCCAAACCUCAGACCACGACGUCGCUUGGUGGAGAAAUUAGUCAAAUUACCACCGGGACCACGGAAGCUGCCGGUGAUCGGAAACCUCCACCAGCUCAUCUGCGAGCAUCCCCACCACCGCCUCCGCGAUCUGGCCCAAAAGCACGGCCCACGCGUCAUGGGCCUCCAGCUCGGUGAGCUCUCCUACAUCGUGAUUUCAAGCCCAGAGGCCGCGGGGGAAGUUCUGAAAGCCCACGACCUCAGCUUCGCGACGCGGCCCCGGCUCCUGGUCUCCGACGUCGUAUUCUACGGCGCCAAGGACAUCGCACUGGCGCCGUACGGCGCCUACUGGCGGCAGGUGCGCAAGAUCUGCGUGGUCGAGCUCCUGAGCUCCAAGAGAGUCCUCUCUCUCCGCCCCGUCAGGGAAUCCGAAGCCGCCAAGCUCACCGCCGCCAUCCGCGCGGCCGCCGUCGGCGCCGGCGUCGACAUCGGCGAGCUUUUGGUGUCGUCGACGUGCAGCUUUACUUUCAGGGCGGCGUUCGGGAUGUCGGCGGAGGAGAUCAUAACGGUGAAUAACAGGGAAGCGAUUUUCACGGAGCUCAUCUCGGGGAUUUCAGAGGCUGUGGGCGGGUUCAGAGUAUCAGAUCUGUUCCCUUCUCUUAAAUUCCUUCCCGCGUUGACCGGGUAUCGAUCACACCUUGUCAAGUUGCAUCUAGCGGCUGAUGCGAUGCUUGAGGACAUCAUCAACGAACACAAAGCUCGACGUCGAAUUAGUGGUAACGCUGCAGCGGAUCAUCGUAGCCAAACUCAACAUUCCGAGGAUCUGGUGGAUAUUCUUCUCAAUCUCCAGGAGGAUGGAACCGAACUGGAUUUCCCGUUGACCACCGAAUCCAUCAAAGCAGUCGUUUUGGACAUGUUUCUGGCUGGUACCGAAACGAGCUCAACAACAGUACAGUGGACCAUGUCCGAAUUGAUGAGGAAUCCGGGUGUGAUGCAGAAAGCACAAGAAGAGGUGAGACGAACGUUUGCCUGUAAAGGAAAGGUGGAUGAGGAGGAUCUUCAUAAUCUGACUUAUUUGGACUUGGUUAUACGAGAGAGUUUAAGAUUGCACCCUGUAGUUGCUUUGCUUGUUCCAAGAGAAGCUCGAGAGACGGUGGAGAUCCUUGGCUAUGAGAUCCCUUCCGGAACUAAAGUCAUCGUCAAUGCUUGGGCUAUUGGGCGAUAUCCUCGUUAUUGGAAAGAAGCCGACAAGUUCUUCCCGGAAAGGUUCCUUGAUCAUCCAAUUGAUUAUAAGGGGAACAAUUUGGAGUUCAUCCCUUUUGGUUCCGGAAGAAGGAUGUGUCCUGGAAUGUCAUUAGCAUUAGCUUCUGUGAAACUGAUACUAGCAAAUCUACUAUAUCACUUUGACUGGAAACUCUCUACCGGAAUUACUCACGAGAAUUUUGAUAUGUCUGAGAGUUUUGGUUCCAUGGUUGGUAGAAAAUAUAGCUUGCACUUGAUUCCAUUACCAUACGAUGCACGCAACUGCUUGGAAGGAUGGCAAGACGGAGUGCAACUUCUUGGAAAAGAUUGAGGUUCAUGUUCAUCAUCCUCGUUUAUAAGUCGAAUCUUCAAUGUUUAUGCUUAGUUAAGGUCUUAAUUAGUAUGUUUGUUUCUUAUUUGUCUCAACUUUUCCUUCAUGUGUAUAUAUAAAACUAGC